UUUUUCAUCCGGCAACGUUUUUCCUGUUCAGAGUAUUUCCAAAAAUUUUGGAAACACUUGAAUAACUUUAAAAUUUCGUGUAAAUUUUUUAAAUUACAAUUGAGAAGUGUCGGUGGUAAAACUUUAAAUUGUUGCUAAAAUAAAAUUGGUGCUUAAAGGCGGAGAAUAUAAUAUAAUAAGGUAGAUUGCACUGCAGAGACUAGCGCUGACAGUUGCAUUUGUAAGAGUGCUUGUGUGGGAAACGGUGUUGUGAUAUUUAAUCAAAGGGGAUCAGCAUCAAAGUAGCGGUACACAAGGUGAAGUUGUUGAUGAAAGCAAAAGCCAAAAAAGUAAAAAAUUUAAGACUUAUUUUUUCAUAAUCAUUCAACAAGAUUUUGCUAUACACACGAACUAGACGUAAAUUGAAGAAAUGUGUUUUAAAGUUUAGGGCUUCAAUUUUAUGUAUAUAUAUAUAUUCGGAGCUACAUUAAUAAAUUGCGUCCACGCCCAAUUCAAAUUGUGAUUCAGCAUGAAUAGGGGCGACAUAAAUCAGAGCAUAAUCGAAAUGAUAAGUAACACAGUUUCCCAGGACAACCAUGAGAAUAGUUCCACCACAACUGGAAUAAAUGAGGCAUCAUCCGCAGCUGCUAUUUCAUCCCUAUUGAAUCGAAAUUCAUCAGCAACGUCCUUAACACCCUUAACGUCGUUGGCCCAACAGCCCAAAACCUCAGAGCAAUCUGGAAUAAAUGAUGAACAGAAAGCGUCCACAUCGGCACAUGCACUAUCCGUCGGUGUGGGUAUAAAUGCAAUAACAGGUGACACAGCUGGUGAUGAAAUGGGUGAACGAAGUUGCUGGAUAUGUUUUGCCACCGACGAAGAUAAUCGCCUGGCACCAUGGGUCCAGCCAUGUAAAUGCCGCGGCACCACGAAAUGGGUACAUCAGAGUUGUUUGUAUCGUUGGGUAGACGAGAAGCAAAAAGGAAAUGCGAUGCGGGCAGUGAGUUGUCAACAGUGCCAAACGGAAUAUAUUAUUGUAUUCCCACAAAUGGGUAAAGUAGCCAAUAUAUUGGAAGCUUUCGAUAAUUUAAUCAAACGUUUAAGUCCCUUCCUGGCUGCCGGUAUAUUUGUCGGUUCAAUAUACUGGACUGCUGUUACUUAUGGCGCCGUCACUUUUCUACAGAUUGUAGGUCAUAAAAAAGGAUUGGCGUUGAUGGAAAAUGGUGAUCCGUUAAUAUUAUUGAUCGGCUUGCCUGCCAUACCAGUUGGCUUAGUGCUUGGCCGCAUGAUUCGUUGGGAGGACGCGGUUAUUCGAUUGAUUCGUAACAGACGAAGUAUUGCGCGAAAAUUCCCGCUGAUGAAUUUCAUUAUUCCCUUUCCCGAGGAGGAAGAAGAACCAUCAGCGCAAAAUCCAGCCACACCCACAUUGUCGGAUCCAGUCUCCGCAACGCGCAUAUUUUGUGGAGCCCUGAUACUACCAACCAUAUCAACUAUAGUUGGACGCUUGCUAUUCGAAUCGAUUGAAAAUACUCUGCAUCGUACACUUCUCGGCGGACUGACAUUCAUUGCAGUUAAAGGUAUUCUAAAGAUCUAUCUUAAGCAACAACAGUACACGCGGAAAAAGAAGCGCCGCAUUGUUGAUUACACAGAUGAGAAUGUGCGCAUAUACGUAAAUCGUAGCACAACGCGCCACCAUGGCGCUGGGGCUGGACCUGGAGCUGGUGGGGUUGCUGGUGGUGUUAAUGUUGGAACAGCCGAUGCUCCGACAUCUGCUGGAAGUACAAGUGCACAGUCUCAAGGGGAUGCAAACGCAAUACCGAUACCGCCAACCGAUCGUGUCAGCAUGGUUUAGAUUACCGUUAAGCCGACAUAAAAAAUUACUUUGAUAACUACAGCGACAACACAAAAAAAAAAUAAUGCUGUGGGCAUCUAGCGGAGUGCUAUUAGCCGGUUUAUUAUUAUCCAUACAUGUUGUAAUAAAUCAAGGCCGCAAACUAUGCUCUAUGUUUUUUUUGUGCUGACAAAAUUUUGUUAGAAACACCAAAUUGCUAUCCUGUAUGAAAUGAACUUAUAAAUAUACAUAUGUGGAUCGCUACAAAAAUUAUAAAAAAAAACUAUUAUAAUAAAUUAAAAAGGCAUUUGUAUCUAAACUGGAGACAAACCCAAUAUCAUACAAUAUUCAAUUAAAAUACUUGUUGUGCUACAUUUGGUAGCGCAAAAUAUUAAAUUAAAUAAAGUAAAAAUUAACAUGAAAUUGUAAACUGAACUUUCGAAUCAAACUACAUAUUCGCUCAAUGCACAAUUACUCUUUAAAAUGAAUAAAUACAAAUUAAUUCGGUUAGGUGGGC